GCGAGUCUACAUUUCCUACCUGGACAGCGUACACUUCUUUCGUCCUCGUUGUCUUAGAACAGCAGUUUACCAUGAAAUCCUCAUUGGAUACUUGGAGUAUGUCAAGAAAUUGGGUUACACCACUGGACACAUCUGGGCUUGCCCACCUAGUGAGGGUGAUGACUACAUCUUUCAUUGCCACCCUAUGGAUCAGAAAAUCCCAAAGCCCAAACGUCUUCAGGAGUGGUACAAGAAGAUGUUAGACAAAGCUGUUGCAGAGCGGAUAGUACACGACUACAAGGACAUCUUCAAGCAGGCAACAGAGGAUCGUUUAACAAGUGCCAAGGAACUGCCUUAUUUUGAAGGAGACUUUUGGCCCAAUGUCCUGGAGGAGAGCAUUAAAGAGCUGGAGCAGGAAGAGGAGGAGAGGAAGAGAGAGGAGAACAGCACUUCCAACGAGAGCAUUGAUGACACAAAAGGUGACAGCAAAAAUGCAAAGAAGAAGAACAACAAAAAGACAAGCAAGAACAAAAGCAGCUUGAGCCGAUCUAACAAGAAGAAGCCCGGAAUGCCCAAUGUCUCCAACGACCUUUCACAGAAACUUUAUGCUACAAUGGAGAAACACAAAGAGGUGUUCUUUGUGAUCCGGCUGAUUGCUGGCCCCAUGGCAAAUGCCUUGCCCCCUAUUGCAGACCCAGAUCCCCUGAUGGCAUGUGACCUGAUGGACGGUCGAGAUGCUUUCCUCACAUUAGCCCGAGACAAACACCUGGAGUUUAGCUCUCUGAGGAGGGCUCAGUGGAGCUCCAUGUGCAUGCUGGUAGAGCUGCAUAACCAAAGUCAGGACCGUUUCGUUUACACUUGUAAUGAAUGCAAACACCAUGUGGAGACUCGCUUCCACUGUACGGUCUGUGAGGAUUAUGACCUCUGCAUCACAUGCUACAACACUAAAGGCCACGUGCACAAGAUGGAGAAGCUUGGCCUUGGUUUGGAUGAUGAAAGUAGCAACCAGGCUGCUGCGACCACUCAGAGCCCAGGGGAUUCCCGCCGCCUCAGCAUCCAGCGCUGCAUCCAGUCUCUGGUCCACGCGUGCCAGUGUCGAAAUGCCAACUGUUCGCUGCCGUCCUGCCAGAAGAUGAAACGUGUCGUUCAACACACGAAAGGCUGCAAGAGGAAAACGAACGGUGGCUGUCCCAUCUGCAAGCAGCUCAUCGCACUCUGCUGCUACCACGCUAAGCACUGUCAGGAGAACAAGUGUCCCGUCCCGUUCUGCCUGAACAUCAAACACAAGCUGCGGCAGCAGCAGCUGCAGCACCGGCUGCAGCAGGCCCAGAUGCUGCGCAGGCGCAUGGCCAGCAUGCAGAGAGUGGGCCAGCCCGCUCCAGGAGGACCCCCUGGAGGAAACGGCCUGCCGUCCCCUGGAGGCAACAAUGGAGCCACCGGUCCAGCUACCCCCACCUCUGCUGGUACGCAGCCCCCCACCCCACAGACACCAACCCAGGGUAACAUGUCGGCCCUCUCUCAGCUGCAGGGCGUGGGGAUGGCUGGGAUUGGAAGUCCAGGCCAGCAGCAAACUGGUUCUGUUCCCCCUCAGCACCACCUCCAUCAGUCUGUGGCUGGAGUGGGGGUGAUGGGGUCUCCUCAGCAGCAGAUGGUGCCCCCUCUGCAGCAGCAGGCCCCCAAUGUGCAGCAGCUUCCUGGUGCUUUGCCUCCUUACAAUCACAGACCACCUGGAGCCUCCCCUCCGUACCAGUCACUGGGAAAACCUGGUUUGGGUCCAGCCACCCCACCCCAGCAGCAGCAACAACCUAACCAGGGACAGGGGCCCCUGACACCAGGCCAGCAGCAAGGGCCCCCCCCAGCUGCUGUGGAGACGGCCCUGCAGAUCCAACGCUUGGCAGAGACUCAAGCUCAGAGGCGUUGCUUGGGUCAGGGGGGCAUGAUGCCCCCACAUGCUCACCAUCAGAACAGCCAAGCCCAGAUGGGACUGCACCACAUCGGCCCCCAGGGCCUGCCCCCCCAGGCUCAAGGGGUUGGAAGGACUCUGUUGGAUUCUCAGCUGCAGGGUGGUCCUCAGUCCCAGCUGCCCCCUCAGGUUCAGCUGCAGCAGGUUAGCGGGGGCCUGCUGCAGCCAACAAACCAGCAGUGGGGGGCUGGAGGGGGGGCCAUAAACCCACAGCAGAUGGCGGGGCUAAUGGGGUCCAUGGCCCAGCAGCAGCCAGCAGUGGCUCAACAGCAGCAACCAAUGAACCCUCAACAGGCUGCGCCGGGACCCCGUGGGUUAAUAAUGGGUGUAUCGGGGGCAGCUGCUCCAAUCCCAGGGGCAGCUGGAGCAGGAAAUCUACCCCAGGGGGCGCUACAGGAACUCCUGCGAACUCUGCGCUCUCCCAGCUCCCCCCUGCAGCAGCAGCAAGUCCUGAGCAUCCUGCGCUCAAACCCAACGCUCAUGGCUGCUUUCAUCCGGCAGAGAGCAGCCAGAUACCAGGGGGGUCCUGCAGGACCACCACCACCUGCAGGACCUGGAGGUGUGAGGUUCCCCUCAGUGUCUGCAGGAUUACCUGGCAACCAGCACACAAAUGUAGAGGCUCAGCAGCAGGUUAGUGUCAGCCAGCUGGCUCAGCCAGGACUGAGUGUGGCUCAGGGGGGAGGAGGGAACAUGGCCGCCAUGGCUCAGCUGCAGCAGCAGCUGCAGCAACAACAACAACAACAACAAC